AUGGUGGUUUCUACAGAGCAAGAACACCCCAAAAAGGCCUUUGGAUGGGCUGCUAGAGAUUCAUCUGGUGUUCUUUCUCCCUUCAAAUUCUCAAGAAGAGAAACUGGAGAGAAAGAUGUGUCAUUCAAAGUGCUGUACUGUGGGAUAUGCCAUUCGGACCUUCACAUGGUGAAGAAUGAAUGGGGUUUUUCUACAUAUCCUCUGGUUCCCGGACAUGAGAUAGUUGGUGUAGUGACAGAGGUAGGGAGCAAAGUUCAAAAAUUCAGUGUUGGAGACAAGGUAGGUGUUGGAUGCAUGGUAGGAUCGUGCACAUCUUGUGAUAGUUGUUCCAACAAUCUUGAGAAUUACUGUCCCAAAAUGAUACUCACCUAUGGUGCCAAGUACAUUGACGGAACCACCACAUAUGGAGGUUACUCCGACACCAUGGUGGCCGACGAGCACUUUGUAGUUCGUAUUCCAGACAACCUACCCCUUGAUGGAGCUGCUCCUCUCCUGUGUUCUGGGAUUACAACUUACAGUCCCUUGAGAUAUUUCGGACUUGACAAGCCCGGUAUGCAUGUCGGGGUGGUUGGCCUAGGCGGUUUAGGUCACGUGGCCGUGAAGUUUGCCAAGGCUAUGGGGCUUAAGGUUACGGUGAUCAGUACCUCACCUAAUAAGAAGGAGGAAGCAAUUGAACAUCUUCAUGCCGAUUCAUUUUUGGUCAGUCGUGACCAAGAUCAAAUGCAGGCUGCCACUGGCACAAUGGAUGGAAUCAUUGAUACGGUUUCUGCCUUCCACUCUCUUUUGCCUUUGAUUGGCUUGUUGAAGUCUCAUGGAAAGCUUGUGAUGGUUGGUGCACCAGAGAAACCUCUUGAGCUUCCCGUUUUUCCUUUGAUCUUGGGAAGGAAGAUAGUGGCUGGUAGUAAUAUUGGAGGUAUGAAGGAGACACAAGAGAUGAUUGAUUUUGCAGCUAAGCACAACAUAACAGCUGACAUUGAGGUUAUCCCAAUUGAUUACUUAAACACGGCCAUGAAGCGUCUUGUUAAAGCAGAUGUUAGAUAUCGAUUUGUCAUCGACAUUGCAAACACAUUAAAACCUGCCUCAUAA